AAUUUGUCCACUUAAUGUCAGGAUUCUAGAUAUAGGAGUACUUUUCUUGUAAGGCUACAUAUAUUGGUUUAUAUAUGAAGGCCAGCUGGUUUGCUUUGUUGAACUAUAGACACCCAGAAAUGGCUGUGCAAGUGGUAAUGCGAAUUACUUUCUUUCUUCUACUGACCACCUAUGAGUUAGCAGAAGCUGCAGCACCUAUAGCAAAACCCAAUUGUUCUGAUAGCUGUGGAGAUAUUUACAUUCCAUACCCGUUUGGAAAGACUACCGAAUGUUACUUGAAUAACUGGUUCAAAAUUGUUUGCAAUGAAACUGGUGGCUCUCUUAAAGCAUUCCUACCCAGCAUUGGCAUGGAGGUCCUGGAAAUCAAUCUUACUGAUCCGUAUAAUGAUAAUUAUUUUUGGAAUGAUCCGGGACUCGUUCGACUCAACGUGCCAAUUAUUUCUUCCAACUGUAAGAAUUUGAGUUCCGGAAAUAUUGGUGGUGUUGAUAUCUCAGGUAGUCCUUUUUUCUUCUCAUCUUAUCGGGAUAAAUUCAUUUCGGUUGGUUGCGACAACUUGGCCCUAAUGACCAGCAUCAAUCCUAUGGUGGUGGUUGGAUGCAAUUCGAUUUGCGUUGAUAAAAGCAUUAUAAAGGACAUCAAACUUAAGAACUGCUUAGGCGUCAACUGCUGCAUUACCACAAUCCCUUCUGGGAAUCAAGUACUUAAUGCAAGUUUCAGAAGCAUAAAAGAAGAAAAUAAAGUCAAUGAAGAAUGCAAAUAUGCCUUCCUUGCAGAUGAUAAAUGGUUGAGUUCAGAAGAUAUCACUUACAAUGUGCAGUUUUUGGAAUACGUUCCUGUGGUGCUGGAGUGGACAGCAUCUGACUUUAUUACAGUGGAUCCAAACGAGUUGAGAAGACGGAACUCAGAAGAGUAUCCUACACUUUACGGGACCAAAUAUUAUUAUUGCCUUAAAGGAUACCAAGGAAAUCCUUAUCUUCCCACGGGAUGUCAAGAUAUAAACGAAUGCGAAAACAAGACACUCAAUAAAUGUCCCAACAAGUCAGAUUGUGUGAAUACACAAGGUAGCUACAAUUGCAACAAGCCAAAAUCUCCAGUGAAGAUGGCCAUUAUAGUUAUUUGUUCAAGCCUUGGGGCAUUGUUUCUAUUCACUAUUACAUGUUGCUUGUACAAAAUCAUAAAGAAAAGAAACAAAAUCAAGCUCAAGAAAAAAUUCUUCAAAAGGAAUGGUGGUUUAUUAUUACAACAACAGUUAUCUUCAAAUGACAACAAUGUUCAAAAGACAAAAUUAUUCAAUUCAAAGGAGUUAGAAAAUGCGACUGAUCAUUUUAACAAAAAUAGAAUUCUUGGUAAAGGUGGGCAAGGUACAGUUUAUAAAGGAAUGUUAGUUGAUGGAAGAUUUGUGGCAAUUAAAAAGUGCAACACGGUGGGUGAGGGGAAUCUUGAAAAAUUCAUUAAUGAGAUUAUCAUUCUUUCCCAAAUCAACCAUAGAAAUUUGGUCAAACUACUUGGGUGUUGUUUAGAGACAGAAGUUCCUUUGUUAGUUUAUGAAUUCAUUCCCAAUGGGACACUUUUUCAGUACAUUCAUGAAGAGAAUGAAGAUUUUCCAUUGCUAACAUGGGAUAUGCGCUUUAGGAUUGCCAAAGAAGUUGCAGGAUCUCUUUCUUACUUACACUCAGCAGCUUCACUUCCCAUUUACCAUCGAGAUAUAAAAUCUUCAAAUAUACUCCUCGAUGACAAAUAUGAAGCAAAAGUAGUAGACUUUGGAACUUCAAGAUCAGUGGCCAUUGACCAAACUCAUGUAACCGCAAUGGUAUAUGGUACUUUUGGGUACUUGGAUCCGGAAUACUUUCAAACAGGUCAAUUUACAGAAAAAAGUGAUGUUUAUAGUUUUGGAGUAGUCCUUAUUGAGCUCUUAAUGGGAGAAAAACCAGUUUCUUCAACAAGAUCACAAGAAGAUCGAAUUUUAUCUACAUACUUCAUUCGUUCAAUAAAAGAGAACCGUCUUUUUGAUAUACUUGAUACUCAAGUAAGGAAGGACGGCAAUAAACAUGAAGUCAUGGCAAUUGCUAAUCUUGCAAAAAGAUGUUUGCACUUGAAUGGAAAGAAACGACCUACAAUGACAGAGAUUGUGAUGGAGUUGGAGGGAGUUCAAAAAGUUUACUAUGAUCAACCAAAUUUUGAAGAAUUUGAUGGUGUUAGAAAUGAAGAAAUGGGGCCUUGGAAUGACAUUCCUAUUUUAUCAAGAUCGAGUUUAGAAAUAGGUGAACCUUCAUCAUCAUUUGUCCUUCCACUUUUAUCUCACUUUGAUUAAUAAAUUAUCUGUUUUGGUACUUUCUUUUCCUUGUUGUAAACUAUUAUAACUUCUUUUAGGCAUAUGCACAAUAUACUAGUCAAUGUAUAGGUUCAUUUUGAAAUAUUGUGUAAGAAAUUAUGUUUAUGAGCCAUAUUUGGGGAAUUAGGUUCAAUUAUAAGAAGAAAUAGAACAUGUAGU